GUAAUGACCUUUUCCUACUCUGAGGAUAUCAAUGGCUGAGUGUAGAAAAAUCUGUUUCAUAAAAAAGAGGAUAAGUUCUAAUUGGUAUUGUGGAAAACUGAAAAUACAGGAGGUGUGUGGAGGGAGUUUAAGAUGUAUUAUUUCAUAUCACAGAAGGUUAACAGUGAAAAGUAACAGUCAAAAUGUUAUUGAGAAUGUUGGAUAUUUCCAUCCUGUGUCAGGGCUAUUGUGCUGCAGUCAUGUGACUUAAGAUUUGCCACAUGUAAAAUUCAUAUGAGAGAAACAAAAAUUGCUUUCAUACUCUGUUCCCCGGUUCUCUCCAGUCAACAAUAAAGCCCACAUUUUGAUGUCAUCAAAACCAGCAAGAAUGCAAAUUGUACAGAAUAUGGCUUGUUUUGUGCUUUCAUUUGGCCCCACCAAACUGAUUUCACUCACACUGGACCAGGUCAAAGCAAAUAUUAUUCAGCUAUGAGAGAGAAUAAUCAGGCUCAAGAAAAAUAUGCAAUUACGUCCACAACUGUUGGUGUAAUAAAUCCAAACAUUAAUUUUAUUUCUGGGAACUUCUUGGACUGUGUUUGAUGGAGAUGGAUUGUUCAGAAUUAUAAGAGCCUAGUCAGAACAGUGAAGUGAAGUGGGGGAUAAGUAGGUGGUGUAUGGAGCGCAUUCAUUAUUCAUGAGAUGGGUGGGCAGAGCAUAAGUGGCAGUGACAGACAGAAACUCUAUUAGUGAAGUGCAUCAACUCCUCUAGGGUUCUUGACCUGAUAUUUGAAGGACUGAUGCAUUUAAUUGCUAUACUGCACAAACAAGAAUAAUUUGUGGAGAAAAGUCAUUGGAAUUAUUGAUGCAUUGGGGAAGCCACAAAGAUGGGGAGGAGAGAACCCUGAGUUGACUUUACAUGUGAAAGGAGAAUUGGUGAAUAAAAGUGUUGCUGGAUUCCAUGCACUGCAAACAUGGGGACACUGGUCGAACCAGUGCUGCUGCUACUUUUAUGGCAGAGUGUUUGGGCUUUGGACAUCCCUUUGGAAAUCAGGCAGCCCCCAACCAUCAUAAAGCAGUCAAUGAAGGAGCAUAUUGUUGACCCCAAAGAAACCAUGGUCAUAGAAUGUGAAGCGAAAGGAAACCCCCAUCCCAUUUUCUCAUGGAGGCGUAAUGGGAAGUAUUACAAUGUGGCACGUGACCCUCAAGCAUCGAUGCGCAGGCGCUCAGGGACACUGGACAUCUAUGCCUGGAACAAUCCAGAACAGUAUGAGGCAGAAUAUCAGUGCAUUGCCUCCAAUGAGUAUGGAUCUGCAUACUCCAACAAGAUCAGACUACGACUAUACAGAGCUCCUGUGUGGCCGAGGGAGAUUCUGGAGCCUGUGGUGAUCAGCGCUGGCUUUCCUCUGGUCCUGUCCUGUGACCCUCCACCUGGCCCGCCUAAACCUGAAACCUACUGGAUGUCCAGCUGCUCAUAUGCGAGACCUUUCAACUGGCCCAUUCAGACAGCUUUCCCCACCAUGCAGCCUGUGCGGCAGGACCGCAGAGUAUCCAUGGGAGUAAACGGAGAUCUGUACUUCUCUAAUGUCCUGUUCAACGACUCUGCUGCUGAUUACUGCUGUAAUGCCCGUUUCCCCUACAAAAAUGUCAUCCAGCAGAAGAUGCCCGUGGUUGUCAAAGUGCUUACAACUCGUACAGUGGCCGAGGCUGCCCCCACCUGGCUGUCUCCCACAGGCUCAUCCAGCUCCAUACUAGUUCUGCAAGGGGAAGAACUGCUCCUGGAGUGUAUUGCUGCAGGAAUGCCAACUCCUCGUAUUACGUGGACCAAGGACGAUGAGGACCUGGUGGUGAUGUCACGCAUGAAGGUAAAGAACUUCAACAAGAUGAUUCAAAUCCCAAAGGCGUCUUUCGAUGAUGCGGGUAAAUACGUCUGCGCUGCUACCAACAAGAUCGGAUACAUUGAGCACACAAUUACUGUCAGGGUCAAAGCGGCUCCAUUCUGGUUGGAGAAGCCAGCUGAUUUGGUUUUGGCCCCUGAGGAAAAUGGACGCUUGGUAUGUCGUUCUGAUGGGGUUCCUCGUCCCACAGUCAGCUGGUUCAUCAAUGGGGAACCAAUUGAAACUGCUACACCGCAGCCUAACAGACAGGUGUCAGGAGACACGCUGACUUUACGCAGCGUGACCACUGCAAACAAUGCCGUCUACCAGUGCAAUGCUUCCAAUCAAUAUGGGUACUUAUUGGCCAAUGCUUUUGUCAACGUGCUACAUGCAACACCACGUAUUCUCGGGCCCAGGAAUGAACUCAUCAAGGUGACAGAGAACAGUCAUACCUUCUUACACUGCCGCUACUUUGGUUCUCCAGUGCCUGAAUUGCGAUGGUCCAAAUAUGGACAGGGGAAUCUUGAAGGAAAUCGUUUUAAGACCCACAGUAACGGGACUCUGGAGAUAAAACGCAUACGGAUAGAGGACCAGGGAACUUACCUGUGUAUAGUCAGCAACAUCGCAGGAAGAGAUGAGAGUCAAGUCCGAAUAGAGGUCAAAGAGCCCACUUUAAUUGUCACAAGACCACAGAGCAUGAAAGUCAUACGUGGAAGCGAUGUGCGCUUCGAGUGUGUCGUAAAAGCAGAUGUCACUACUCCUGUCACAACCACCUGGAUGAAAGACAAAAAGCUGGUCACUCUUGGCUGGAGAAUCUCACUGGAUGAAUCAAAUCUGGUCAUCACUAAUGUAAACAGAGGCGAUGAGGGCAAUUAUACCUGUGUCAUCAAGAGUGAACUGGACCAGAAGUCUGCCUCAGCUCACCUAAUGGUGAUGGACCGUCCAGAUCCUCCCACUAACUUGGAGUUGUCAGAUCCAUAUGAACGUAGUGUAAGACUCAGUUGGGUCCCUGGAGACAGCAACCACAACCCUAUUACAGAGUACUUAGUGCAGUAUGAUGAUGAUGACUGGUUGCCUGGAAAGUGGAGAAACCUAUCAACAUACUCAGGGAACCUCAACUCUGUCAUUCUGCAUCUUACACCUUUCACCUAUUACGAGUUCCGGGUCAUCGCUAUCAAUGAAAUCGGAAUGAGUCGCCCUAGUCGUCCAUCAAUGCGCUUCCAGAGCAGCGGUGCACCCCCAGAUGUCAUCCCAAAAAACGUAAAGGGUGUGGGUACAUGGAGGAAUAACAUGGAGAUCAGCUGGGAGCCACUGACCUACAGAGAGUGGAACGGGCCCCACCUGAAGUAUCUGGUGUGGUGGAAAAGGAGAGAUUCCCGAGAGGAGUGGAAGAAUGCAACCACUAAAUGGCUGAAAUACUAUAUCUACGAUACAGAUACCUUCACUCCUUAUGAGAUCAAAGUCCAGGCUGUCAAUGACUUUGGGCUGGGUCCAGAGUCUCCUGUUGUCAUUGGUUACUCUGGGGAAGACCGUCCCUUAACUGCACCCCUGAACCUGAGGGUGUCUGACAUUGAGAGCACUGAGGUGACUGUGCACUGGGACCCAGUGACACGCAACUCUAUUAUGGGAGAACUGAAAGAAUACAAGGUCUACUACUGGAGGGACAGCAGCCAGCUGAGGUGGCUGAGGGUCAACAGAGCGAUGAAGUCUAAAGCAUUUCCAGACAAUGGUCCAGAGCCCUCUGGGGUCCUCACUGGGCUCAUCCCCUAUAGCAACUACAAGAUGUAUAUAGUGGUGGCAAACAAUCGAUAUGAAGGGCCGCCCAGUAAUAAUAUACACUUCUCAACACCUGAAGGAGUACCAUCUGCUCCCAGAUCCUUCAGGAUCCAACAGCGACAUCUGGACAGUAUUUAUGUCGACUGGGACCUGCCAGCAGAACCCAAUGGUAUCAUUACCGGAUAUUCCCUCAAGUACCAGACAGUGAAUGCCACCAGGGGAGAGGAGCUGCAAAUUGAAGAGUUCCCUCCAAAUGUAACAAGUUUCUCAGUCCGGCGAUACGACCGCUACACUCGAUACAGAUUCUCUGUGGCAGCACGAACUCGGGUCGGGAUAGGGGAAUGGCAUACGGAGGAGUCACUCCACUACACCACUGAAAUUUAUGCUCAGGACCAGGUGGACAUCUCCACUCAGGGCUGGUUCAUCGGGAUUAUGUGUGCUGUGGCUCUCAUCGUGCUCAUCCUACUCGUAGUCUGCUUCAUCAAGAGGAGCCGGGGGGGGAAAUACCCAGUACGGGAGAAAAAAGACAUUUCACUGGAGCCGGUGGAUGACAAAGAUCAGGAGGGAUCAUUUGACUACCGGUCUCUUGAAAGGAUAGCACGUGUCUCCACUCUGCCUUACCCCAGGCGAGAGGAGGAAAGAGGGCUUCAAAGAGGCCAGCCGUCUAUGGAGGCAAUGAUGAAGCGAUCAGACAGUGACGACAGUCUGGUGGACUAUGGUGAAGGAGGAGAGAUACCAUUCAACGAGGACGGCUCGUUCAUUGGCCAGUACACAGGAACCAGGAGAGAUGUCAGGGACUUGGACUUUGGUGGAAGUCUGGAGCUCCAUUCUCCAAUGAAUACCAUCUACUCCCUGGCAUAAAACUCAAAAUUCAAACUGUCUUCCUGACUUCAACUCAACUAUUUGUCAUGUGAUUUUACCAUGCUUGUACCCGCCACCUUGAAUUAAGAACUUGUGGUGCUUUUGGUUUGUCUGCAGGAGGGAACAGCUGGAACCAGAGGUGCUGUUACCCUCUGCGUCCUUGCAGGUAAAGCAACUUUAAUGCAUUUAAAGAAGAAAAUGGUGGAAUAGUUGGGACAAUACUAGAGAUGAGAUGCUUAUUCAUCUGAUGAAAAGCAAGCUUUACCGUUUGUGUUUCAUAUUGCAUAUUCCUGUAAAUAAAAACGCUGCGUGUUUGUGCAUAUGCAUACGCAUGAGUACAUGUACGUGUUCAAUUAUCCUGUCAGUGCAGAGAGGCUGCACAUCAGAGGAGACAGAAGUGGAUCAGUUUAUCAUGUUGAUAAAAGCAGUUGCAAGGACCAACUUAACUACUGUUAUUGCAUCUUUUUCUUUCAGCUAAUUCCAAUAAUGAGAUUUGUGUUAUUUUUGUAUGAUGGCUGUUUGAAAUAAGGGCUGCAUACCAUACUUUCACGAUCAGGGGAACCACAAUGUAAUCCCUGAACUUCGAUUGCUUCCUCUUUGUUGUACACACUAGUAUUGAAGGUUCAAUGUGAAAGUAUAAAAGUGUUGUUGGUGAUAAGUGAAGGAUAAUAAAAUAUCUCCAGGGACUAAUGAUUCAUCUGCACAGUGAGUUUGCGAAAUGUGAUCUGAUGGGAGGCAAGAGAUUAAACCAUUUGGGGAAUCCGCAAGUAGCCAUGAAUCAGCUGUAAAAUCAGAAAUUGCUCAUGUUUCUCUACAAACUUGUCUCCCCAUUUUACCCACUACGGAGACAGAAAUCAUUCAUUUUGAUGUAACAGCUUUAGUGUAUUUGACCUCUAACAUCAUCUGUGUAUUACCACAGUUAUGUCCUAAAUGUAAAUAAAGUGGAAAUAUUUAUUCCUA